AUGGGUUUGGUUGGCUAUGAGGGACUGGAAGUUAUUAACCCUGAAGGAAGUACAGAAGAUGCAGCCGAGGAAGCAAACAGAGGAAGAUGGAAGCAAGAGGAUCGAGAUGGUUACUGGAAGAUGAUGCAGAAGUACAUUGGAUCUGAUGUUACAUCAAUGGUGACACUUCCUGUGAUUAUUUUUGAACCGAUGACAAUGCUCCAGAAAAUGGCAGAGUUGAUGGAAUACUCGCAUCUACUAGACAUGGCAGACAAAACCGAGGACCCCUAUAUGCGCAUGGUGUAUGCAUCAUCAUGGGCUAUAUCUGUGUAUUAUGCUUUCCAACGUACCUGGAAACCGUUCAAUCCAAUCCUCGGUGAGACUUACGAGAUGGCUAAUUACAAUGGUGUUAACUUCAUAUCUGAACAGGUCAGCCAUCACCCUCCAAUGAGUGCUGGUCACGCUGAAAAUGAGCACUUCACUUAUGAUUGUACCUCAAAACUGAAAACAAAAUUCCUGGGAAAUUCCAUUGACGUUUACCCAGUGGGAAGGACACGAGUGACACUUAAAAGAGAUGGAGUGGUUCUUGACUUGGUACCUCCUCUGACCAAAGUUCACAACCUAAUCUUUGGACGAACUUGGGUCGAUUCUCCUGGGGAAAUGAUCAUGACCAACCUGACCACUGGUGACAAAGUCGUGCUUUACUUUCAACCAUGUGGUUGGUUCGGAAAUGUGCCAUUCAUUCGUCUCAACAGAUCUGGUCGAUACGAAGUGGACGGAUAUGUCUAUAACGCCUCUGAGGAGCCCAAGAUACUCAUGACUGGUAAAUGGAACGAGUCCAUGAGUUAUCAGCAGUGUGACAAUGAAGGUGAACCUCUCCCAGGCACCGAACUAAAGGAGGUCUGGAAACUCGCUGAUGUUCCAAAGGAUGACAAGUACCAAUACACACACUUUGCUCACAAGAUCAAUAGCUUCGACACUGCCCCGAAGAAGCUGCUGCCGUCUGAUUCACGGCUACGCCCUGAUAGAUACGCACUGGAGAUGGGCGACAUGUCCAAAUCCGGCUACGAGAAGAGCAGCAUGGAAGAGAGACAGAGAGCCGAGAAGAGAACUCGCGAAGAGAAAGGCCAAAGCUUUACUCCAAAGUGGUUCGAUAUAACCGAAGAAGUCACUCCUACGCCAUGGGGCGAUCUCGAAGUUUACCAAUUCAACGGAAAGUACUUAGAACACCGGGAAGCUGCAGAUAAUUCCGAAGAUAACACCGACCCUAAGUCAAUCCCAUUCAACCCAUGGCAAUUCCAAGAUCUUUCUGCAUAA